AUGGGGACUGUGAAUAGUUGUCACAAUGAAGCUAGAAUACAAUUUGAGGCUUUUCAAGAUCAAAGGCAUAGUGUGGGGAAUAUUUUACGAGUACAUAGUCAUGAUAUGGAAAUUGAUUAUCGGACUCGUUUAACAGCAAUGUUGGAUGUGACACACUUUCUAUUGAAGCAAGGGUUGCCCUUUCGUGGACACGAUGAGUCAACUAGUUCUUCAAAUAGAGAGAUUACACUUGCUAUAAUCAAUGAUAUUGGAGAUAAAUUCUUUUCUUUGAUGGUUGAUGAGGCUAGGGACAGUUCAGUGAAGGAGCAUAUGGGAGUUGUUUUGAGGUAUGCGAAUAAAAAAGGAUGUGUGAUUGAACGAUUUCUUGCAGUUGUGCAUGUGCCUGACACCAGUUCUCAUUCUUUGAAAAUGGCUAUUGAUGCUUUAUUUGUGCAACAUGGUUUAUCAUUAUCUAGAUUGAGAGGCCAAGGAUAUGAUGGAGCUUCAAAUAUGCGUGUGAUAGAAGUGUUAGGAAAUGUAUAUGAUGAUGCCUCUUAUUCUGCAAAUAAAGGUGUUGCCGCAGGUUUAAUUGAGAAGAUGGAGAGUUAUCAAUUUGUUUUUGUGUUACAUUUGAUGAAGUAUAUAUUGGGAAUUACAAAUGAGUUAUCACUUUCCUUACAACAAGGGGAUCAAAAUAUUGUUCAAGCCAUGUCCUUGGUUAGAAGUGUGAAAUGUCGACUACAAGACUUCAGGGAAGAUGGAUGGCAGAUAAUUUUGGAACAAGUUAACACAUUUUGUGAAUUGAAUAUGAUUCCAAUACUUGAUAUGGAGGACAACAUGCUAACUCGUGGUCAUGGUAGGCGUAGAGGGCAGCUCAUCACCAAUUUUCAUCAUUAUCGUGUGGAGAUUUUUUGUCAGGUUGUUGAUUUAAUUAUACAAGAGAUGAAUAAUCAUUUUUCAGAAGUUAGUACAGAAUUGCUUGGUUGCAUAUCAUGUCUUCAUCCAAGAAAUUCUUUCUCUCAAUUUGAUGUUCACAAACUCAUCCAUCUUGCUGAUUUUUAUCCCGAGGACUUCUGUGAGUUGGCAUUAGUUUUACCAGUUGCAACUGCUUCGGUUGAACAAGUGUUUUCUGCAAUGAAAAUUGUGAAGACUGAUUUACACAAUAGAAUGGGAGAUGAAUGGAUGAAUGACAGUCUAAAUCCAAUUGCCUCCUCUUGUACCGACUCGUCAGUCGUCGCAGACUUCUGUGCCAACCCGGAAAUGAAGCUCACCUAUGGAAGAAAGGUUAUGGAGAAUCAGUCUAGUAUUAAGUGGGACAAGGGAAAGGCUCUCGAGUUCUAG